CCAUAGAGCAACAAUUCGUUGUGGAACUGGAAGUGUAAAACCCGAUGGACAAAACAAUCCUUUUGCUGUUUUGCUUGGGCUGUCUUUUUCAGGUGUCAAGGAGUUUAUAUUGUGGGCAGAUGGAAAAACCAACUGCUGUGGUAUUUGCUCAAUGGCAUGAGUUUCCUGAAGGAGGAAAGCCUGAAUUUUAUAUUAUAAAAUAUCAAGCUAUUAAUGAUAUCAAUCAAAAUACAAAAAAUAUUUCUGCAGGACAAGUAAAGCAACAGAAAUGUAUAUUAUUCCUAGAGGAAAAUAAGGAGUAUGACGUUUCAAUAGAAUCAGUAAAAAAAGGGGAAAUUUUGAAUGCGAAAUCAUUUAGGACACGUGGGAUCUCAGAGAGAAGCAUUAAAACAUUUGUGACAAGUACAAGUGUGUCUUUUAACUGGCGUUUGCUGCCCAUUGAAUUGUCAGUGUCAAUAUCACAUAAUAACUCUUCCCGUAUCAUGCAAAGGAAUGCUGUGUUUCAUGAGUGGGAUCGGUUGGAGCCAGCAACCUUAUAUAAUUUCACAUUUGAGUUUAAACAGGUGCAUUUUGACUUUAUCAAUGUAUUCCAGAAACUGGAGGUGCAAAUUGAAACAGGCUCCUGUUCACAAGGAUGGCUAGGACUGAAAAAAAGCUGUUAUAACAUUAACAGAGAAAGUAAACCUUGGAAUAGGGCUCAGCAAAUGUGUCAAUCAUCCUUAAUGCCUGCACAUCUUGUGGAUAUAAAGAAUGAGGAGGAAUUUAUAUUUCUGUCUUCCUAUCUCAGGACAAUUAAUCAAAUCGUAAUGAUAUGGACUGGUCUUAAUGACAUAAAGAAAGAAGGUCACAUGCUGUGGACUGAUGGAUCUUCUUUUAGUCUUAAGAAAGCUGAUGUCCUUCCUUUGCCAGUGAUACCAAAGAAUGAAACAAACUGCUAUGCUUUGCAGCAAAAUGCGACCGGUCCAAACUAUUUCUUCACAGGAUUUUUCUGCUACGUUCCUUUACCGUACCUUUGUUCAUAUGAAUUGCCUUCGAUACCUGAAAACUUCGUGUUCUUUGUAAAGGAUGUCAGAACAACAGAAGUUGUAUUUGGUUGGAAUAGUUUGGAGAACUGGCUGAAACCGAGAUAUGAGCUUGUCAUUAAAUAUUAUUUGGAUUUUACAGAAGAAUACCUUUUUGAAAAGGUGCCGGCUAAUACAACACAAACAACGAUUGCACACUUGUCGCCCGGACGCCUCUACAGGUUUUUGUUUUUAGCAAGAAACUCAAUAGAGGGACACGUUACCUUAAGUCCAGUUCUUAGGAUAGAAACAAGGCCAUUACAAGCUCAACGUUUUGUAGCUACCCAUGUAACAUCAACAGAGAUAAUUUUACAUUGGGAUCCUCCAGAUGUUUUUUCAAAUGCACAUUUUCAUCAUUACCUUGUGACUAUUUUUGAUAUUGAAACCAACAGAUCAGAAGCACUGUUAGUUGAAAAAUUUGCUACAACAACAAAAAUUGGAAACAUUAAGCCCUAUCAUCAGUAUCUGGUACAUCUCUUCAGUGUAGGAGAAAGAGGAUCUCUAAGUUGCAACGAUGAGCCGAUAUUAAUCAUAACAGGUGUUAAUCCUCCUCGCAGUGUUUAUGUUAAUCCUGAAGACGUGGGUGAGGAUACUGUAAUUCUUCACUGGGAACCUCCACAGGAGAGCUUUGAAUUCUACAUUGAAGUCAAAUCUACUUCGGGUGCAAGUGAAGCAAUGAAGCACUUAGUGAAAAACACUGAUAAAUUUAAGAUUGGAUUGCUAACUCCUGGAAUGACUUAUGACAUUGGAGUGGCAACAGUGAAAAAUGGAAAUAUGAGUGAACUGAUAACCACUCAGUGUACUCUAAAACCCAAACCACUUCAAAUUGUUAUUCCUUUUGAAUUUCACAGUAACUCUGUCAUUUUGUUUGUUCAAAUGCCUGAGAGUGGAGUAUUUGAUGGCAUUUAUAUUGCAAGUAAUGGAGGACCCAAUAUGACACUACCUUUGAAUAAUGACAAAUUAAUUAUUGAAAACUUAAUUCCAGGCACAGAAUAUGAUUUUUUUGUUUCCACGGUCAGUGGAAACAUGCUAAGCACUAUGUUCCAUGUGCCUACAGUGAAAACAUGUCUGAAGGCACCGUUAAAUAUCUGGGAAGGUAAAGUUACAGACACUUGUAUAGAAAUUCUGUGGGAACGAGUUGAUGGACAUUUUCAGCAUUAUGAGAUCACAUGCACAAAUUGUGCUGGUGCAUUCAAGGUUCAGAAGGUGAUGCAGGAAAUAGCAACGUUUUCUAACCUGGCUCCUGCCACGGUCUACAGUUUCUCAAUUCGAACAGAAAAAGAAGGUUUCAAAGACAGCAACUCCACUAUAAAAAAAAUACAGACAGCACCAUGUGCCAUUGAAUAUAUGAAUCACAGCAGAGAGUCAACAUCAAUAUCUGUUGGUUGGCCUCCAGCCCAGAGUUCACUGGAUGGAUAUAUUAUUUCAAUAACUAGUGAAGGUUUUUCAAAAGAAGAAGUUGUUCCUUCCAGUGAAAGGAGGUUCAAGUUUGACAGGCUUUUGCAAGGAACUGACUUUUUAAUUAAAAUUGUUACCACCAAAAGGUCAAAGAAAAGUCAACCUACUGUUCUCAAGAUUAGUACCUAUCCGGAUCCACCUUCAGAUUUACAGUUUUUUGGACAGGAAGAAAACACUCUAUAUUUGUCUUGGAAACUGCCACAAGGAGGAUUUGAAAAGUUUCAGAUCUGUUACUAUUUGUUGACCAGAAACAAAACACUGUUUAAAAUGAGUACUUACGGUAACAGAGCAGUAGUCAAAAACCUGACUCCUGGAAUGGAUUACAUGUUUCAAGUGAAGACAGUUAGAGGCAAAGAUUUCAGUGUGCCUGUGGAGAAAGAAGUAACUACAAAACCAGCUGGAAUAUGUGGCUUGUUAUUAAAAGAGGUAAACACUUCUUCUGCGACCUUAAUAUGGAAUCCAACAAAGACCAAUUUUUCGUAUUACAAGAUUCGUCUAUCAAAUAAUACAUUCUUAAAGGAAUAUAAGGUUAUGAAAACCAAGACUGAUUACACAAUAAUAGACUUGAUUCCUGGAGGCACGUAUAAUAUCACAGUUCAGAGAGUAAGAGGAGAUGUGGAAGGGUUGCUCACAUCCAUCAAGAUGGUUGCAGAACCCCAAAAGCCCGAGAAACUUGAAGUUUUCAAUAUUUCAUCAAAUUCCUUUUCUCUUCGCUGGAGACUACCGUAUGGUCACGUGGAAAGGUAUCAAGUGGAUCUUGUUCCUGACUGUGGCUUUGUUACUAUCAGAGAUCUUGGAGGUGGGGAGUAUCAGAGUGAUGUUUCUGGUGUAACUCCCGGUACUAGGUACAAUGUAACAGUUUCUUCAGUUUCAGCGACUACAUACAGUUCACCUGCCAGUAGAACAGUGACCACCAAUGUAACCAAUCCAGGGCCUCCUGUGUUCCUUGCAGGUGAAAGAGUUGGAUCUGCUGGAAUCCUUCUUUCCUGGAAUACACCACCUAACCCCAAUGGGAGAAUUAUAUCUUACAUUGUUAAAUAUAAGGAAGUUUGUCCAUGGAUGCAAAUGACAUACACCCAAGUUACAGCAAAACCAGAUAGUUUGGAAGUUCUUCUUACCAAUCUUAAUCCUGGAACAACUUAUGAAAUUAAGGUGGCUGCGGAAAACAGUGCUGGGGUCGGAAUAUUUAGUGAUCCAUUUCUCUUUCAAACUGCAGAAAGUGCUCCAGGUAAAGUGGUGAAUCUUACAGUUGAAGCCUUCAAUUAUUCUGCAGUAAAUCUGAUCUGGUACCUACCUCGACAACCAAACGGCAAGAUUACCAGUUUCAAGAUUAGUGUCAAACAUGCAAGAAGUGGGAUAGUGGUGAAAGAUGUCUCAAUUAAAGUGGAGGACAUUCUUUAUGGAAAACUGCCCGAAUGUAAUGAGAACAGUGAAUCUUUUUUGUGGAGUACAACUAGUCCUUCACCAACUUCUGGCAAAGCUACAUCUCCCUCCCGUGCUCCAUAUGCAGCAAGUUCAUUGGCACUGAGUAAGAUAAGCUCUGUGUGGAACGAACCUAUCAGUUUCGUGGUGACUCACCUGAGACCGUAUACGACGUAUCUUUUCGAGGUGUCAGCCGUUACCACUGAAGCGGGUUACAUUGACAGUACAAUUGUCAGAACACCAGAGUCAGUGCCUGAAGAUUCACCACAAAAUUUUGCAAAGGGCAAUAUCACAGGAAAAUCCUUUUCAGUGUCUUGGGAUCCACCCACUAUAGUAACGGGAAAAUUUAGUUACAGAGUUGAGUUAUACGGACCCUCAGGUCACAUUCUGGACAACAGUACAAAAGAGCUCAAGUUUACAUUUACAAAUCUAACACCUUUUACAACGUACAAUGUAUUUGUGGCUGCUGAGACGAGUGCAGGCAUUGGACCUAAAUCCAAUUUCACUGUUUUCACCCCUCCAGAAGUUCCAAGUGCUGUAUUUGAUUUGCAACUAACAGAAGUAGAAGCCACAUUAAUACGGAUUACCUGGAAGAAACCUCGACAACCAAACGGAAUCAUUAACCAGUAUAGAGUUAAAGUGCUUGAAAGGGAAACAGGAGUAAUUUUGGAAAAUAUUAUUCUCACAGGAAAAGCUGAGUAUAAAAAUGAUUUUGUGGCCCCGGAUAUGUGGAAAGGAAAUUCUAAAACGCCUUUCCUAAAUAACGCGAAGGAAGCAGUGGCUGGAUUAUACGAAGGUUCAGCUGAGAUGUUUUCCGCGGAGAAAGCAGAGUCUCCGAUUCUAUUUCCUAGUCUUCCCAGUGAUCACAUUCCCAUAGUGAAUGGAGUCGAAGAACUUUAUUCCACAACGGAAACAGGGAAGGAGUAUGCCAUUAACAUUUCAGCUGAACAGCUGUCGUAUGUUGUAAAGAGACUUACACCUUUCACCGAAUAUACAAUCACCGUGUCUGCUUUCACCAUUAUGGGCGAAGGACCACCAACUAUUCUUAAUGUCAGGACCCAAGAGCAAGUUCCAAGUGCAGUGCAGAAUAUGAACUAUAAAAAUAUUAGUUCAUCAUCUAUCUUGCUAUACUGGGAUCCACCAGAAUAUCCUAAUGGAAAAAUAACUCAUUAUACUAUUUAUGCAAUGGAAUUACAUUCAAACAGAGCUUUUCAAAUGACUACUAAAGAUAACAAAUUCCUUAUAACAGAUCUGAAGAAAUAUACAAAUUAUAAAAUGAGAGUGGCAGCAUCAACCAAUGUAGGUGAAAGCUCCCUGUCAGAUGAAAAUGAUAUUUUUGUGAGAACUCCUGAAGAUGAACCAGAAUCCCCACCCCAGAAUGUUGAAUUGGUUGAUAUUACUGCAACAGAAAUAAACCUGAGAUGGUCACCACCUGAAAAACCUAAUGGAAUAAUCAUUGCCUAUGAAGUAAUUUAUGGAAAUACGGAAAAGUUACUUACUAAAAACAUUUCAACAACCAGUGCAAUUUUAAGCGACCUAAAACCUUACACUCUUUACAAUAUUUCUAUCCGGUCAUAUACAAGGCUUGGCCAUGGGAAUCAGAUUUCUUCUUUAUUGUCAGUAAGAACAUCUGAAACUGCGCCUGAUAGUCCUCCAGAAAAUAUCACCUACAGAAAUAUUUCUUCUACGGAAAUAGAGUUAUCAUUUCUUCCACCAGCUGUUCCCAAUGGAAUAAUUCUGAAGUAUACAAUAUAUCUCAGGAAGAACAAGGAAAAUGAAGAGAGAAUUAUAAAUACUACUUCUCUGUCACAGAAAAUUGGAGGGUUAAAGAGAUAUACCCACUACCUGGUUCGAGUAUCUGCUAGUACAAUCAAAGGUGAAGGAGCUGAAAGCGCCCCUGUAACUAUCCUGACUGAAGAAGAUGCUCCUGGUUCUCCUCCACAAAGCUUUUCAGUUGAACAGUUGUCUGGUGUCACUGUGAAGUUGUCAUGGCAACCACCUUUGGAGCCAAAUGGAGUUAUCCUCUAUUACACAGUUUAUAUCUGGGACAGUUCACCUCCCAGAACUAUUAAUACGACUGAAACGGCGUUGGAAAUCACAGACCUGGAAAAUAACAUUGAAUAUAAUGCAUAUGUAACAGCAAGCACCAGAUUUGGUGAUGGAAAAAUGAAAAGUAGCAUUAUUAGUUUCAAAACUUCUGAAGGAGCACCAAGUGAUCCACCAAAAGAUGUCCAUUAUGCCAACCUCAGUUCCUCAUCAAUAAUUUUAUUUUGGAAACCUCCUUCAAAGCCUAAUGGGAUUAUACAACACUAUACAGUUUAUUACAAAAAUAAUUCAGGAACUUUUAUCAAGAAUUUGACACUCCAUGAAAUAAGCAGUGAAGUUGAUAAUGGAACCUUAUCCGCCGUAAUUGAAAAUUUAGCAAUUUUCAGCUACUACGUAUUCUGGCUAACAGCAAGUACUGCCUUUGGAAACGGGAACCAAACCAGUGACAUGAUACAUGUUUUCACAGACCAAGACAUACCAGAAGGACCUGUUGAAAAUAUGACCUAUCAAACUAUGUCUUCAACUGCCAUAAAUAUAAGCUGGUUUCCGCCGUCUCAACCAAAUGGUAUAGUCUUCUACUAUGUUUCACUGAGCUUACAGAAUACUCUACCAACCCACGAACAACCAUCUCUAAUUACUCAUGAGAGAAGCAUUUAUUUUGACAACCUGGAAAAAUACACUGAUUAUAUUUUUAAAAUUACUCCAUCGACAGAGAAAGGAUUCUCUGAAAUGUGUACGGCAAAGCUACACAUCAAAACUGAAGAAGAUGUUCCAGAGACUACACCAGUAAUCAACACUUUCAAAAAUCUUUCCUCUACCUCAGUUCUCUUAUCUUGGGAUCCCCCAAUACAGCCAAAUGGUGCCAUAAUAAGUUAUGAUUUAAAUUUACAUGGAUCAGUUGAAAAGUAUUCUUUUAAUACCUCUGAUAACUAUAUAAUUUUGGAAGAUCUUUCACCAUUUGCACUGUAUAGUUUUUUCGCUGCCGCACGAACUAUAAAGGGACUUGGUCCAUUCACUACACUUUUGUUUUAUACUGAUGAGUCUGAGCCACUAGCUCCACCGCAGAAUUUGACUUUAGUCAACUACACUGCAGACUCCGUGUGGCUCAAAUGGAGACCGAGUCCUCAGCCCAGUGGUAUUGUCAUUAUGUACAAUUUUAAAAUUUAUGAAAACAGAAGUGAAACUGUAUCUUAUCAGAAUGUUUCAGGUUUUCAAACUGAUGGAAAACUUGUUGGAUUGGAUCCAGUGAAUACUUAUUCUAUCAGUGUAUCAGCUUUUACAAGAGUGGGGAAUGGCAACCAAUAUAGCAAUAUUAUAAGAUUCACAACAGAAGAAUCAGCUCCAGAUGUUGUCCAGAAUUUUCAGUGCAUGGCAACGAGUUGGCAGUCAGUUCUGGUGUGGUGGGAUCCACCAAAAAAGACGAAUGGAGUAAUUAUUCAUUACGUCCUAGCCUUUGAAAGAAAUUCUUCCAAAGUGAACUCUCAAGAUAAUGAGUAUACUUUCAGAGAACUUCUAGCAAAUACCUCCUAUACAUUUAAUAUUAAAGCUGCAACAUCUGCCGGGGAAGGCAAAGAAAGGAUAUGCAAUGCCAGCACAUUAUAUGAAACAGUUCCCAGUGCUCCCAGAGAUAUUGCUUUUUCCGACAUCCAAUCAACUAGUGUAACUUUGACCUGGCUCAAACCUGAAACUAUUCUUGGCUAUUUUCAAAACUAUAAGAUCACUAUACAAUUGAGAUCCCUCCACUGUGAUGACUGGGAAUCUGAAGAAUGUGUUGAAUAUCAGGAAAACCAAUACCUGUCUGAAGUUGACUUUGAAGAGGAAACAGUACAUGGACUAAAGAAAUUCAGAUGGUAUAGAUUCCAAGUAGCAGCGAGCACAAAUGCCGGUUAUGGAAACAACUCAGUUUGGAUUUCUACACAAACUUUACCUGGCUCUCCAGAUGGUCCUCCGGAAAAUGUAAUUGUAAUGGCUACAUCACCUCACAACAUUAACAUCACCUGGAAUGAACCCACAAUCAUAACAGGACCAACUUUCUACCUCAUAGAUAUUAGCUCAGUAGAUAGUGAUUAUUAUAAUGUUUCCUUCAUCAAAGAAAAUAAGGAUAAUAAAACCAUAGAAAUUACUGAUUUAAAGGCAUUUACAAGAUAUUCUGUAGUAAUCACUGCCUUUACUGGAAAUGUCAGUGCAGCACACAUAGAAGGCAAGUCAAGUGCUAGAAUAAUCGUGUCUACUUUGGAAACAGUGCCCAAAGAGCCACCUAGCAACAUGACCUAUCAGAAGAUGCCAGGAGAAGUUACAAAAUUUCAGCUAACCUUCCUUCCUCCAGUUGAAUCUGAUGGAAAUAUUCAAGUAUACCAAGCUAUGGUAUACAGAGAUGAUGAUGCUACUACUUUCCAGAUUCACAACCUGAGUAUUAUCCAAAAGACAAACUCUUCGGUCAUUGCAAUGUUAGAGGGGCUAAAAGGAGGGCAUACGUAUAACAUAAGUGUAUAUGCUGUCAAUAGUGCAGGCGCAGGGCCAAAAGUUCAGAUGAAAAUAACAAUGGACAUGAAGGCGCCAGCACAGCCCAAAAAUAAACCCAUUCCUGUAUAUGAUACAUCUGGAACUCUACUUGUUACCUCGACAACUCUCACGAUCAAGAUGCCAAUCUGUUACUACAAUGAUGACCACGGACCGAUCAAAAAUAUACAAGUACUUGUAGCAGAGGCAGGAGUUCAGCAUGAUGGAAAUGUUACGAAGUGGUAUGAUGCCUACUUCAAGAAACCAAGGCCAUAUUUUACAAACGAAGGCUUUCCAAACCCACCAUGUUUGGAAGGAAGAAGUCUACUGAGUGGCAAAGAAGAUAUAUAUGUCAUAGGCGCUGAUCACGCAUGCAUGAUACCGGGGAAUGAAGACCAAAUUUGCAAUGGCCCCCUGAAACCUAAAAAACAGUAUUUAUUUAAAUUUAGAGCCACAAAUAUUAAAGGACAGUUUACUGACUCUGAAUACUCCGAUCCUGUCAAAACAUUGGGUGAUGGAGUAUCAGAAAGGACGGUAGAAAUCACUCUGUCAGUCACUUUGUGUAUCCUUUCCAUAAUUCUUCUUGGGGCAGCUAUUUAUGCAUUUGCAAGAAUCCGGCAGAAACAGAAAGAGGGAGGCACAUAUUCCCCUCGGGAUGCAGAAAUUAUUGACACUAAAUUCAAGCUGGAUCAGUUCAUCACGGUGGCAGACUUGGAAUUGCAGGAUGAGAGAUUAACUAGGCCAAUAAGCAAGAAAUCCUUCCUACAACAUGUUGAAGAGCUCUGCACAAACAACAACCUGAAGUUUCAAGAAGAAUUUUCGGAACUCCCCAAAUUCCUCCAGGAUCUCUCUUCAACAGAUGCUGAUCUUCCCUGGAACAGGGCAAAGAAUCGGUUUCCAAACAUUAAGCCAUAUAAUAAUAACAGGGUGAAGCUUUUGGCUGAUGCAAGUAUACCAGGAUCCGAUUAUAUCAAUGCCAGCUAUGUUUCUGGCUACCUAUGUCCAAAUGAAUUCAUUGCUACCCAAGGCCCAUUGCCAGGAACUGUAGGAGAUUUUUGGAGAAUGGUUUGGGAAACUAGAGCAAAAACCUUAGUGAUGCUCACACAGUGCUUUGAAAAAGGACGGAUCAGAUGUCACCAGUACUGGCCAGAAGAUAACAAACCAGUAACAGUCUUUGGAGAUAUAGUGAUUACUAAAUUACUGGAAGAUAUCCAAAUAGAUUGGACCAUCAGAGAUCUGAAAAUUGAAAGGCAUGGGGAUUGUAUGAUGGUUCGCCAGUGUAACUUCACAGGUUGGCCCGAACAUGGGGUCCCUGAAAACAGCACGCCAUUAAUUCACUUUGUGAAGUUGAUUCGUGCAAACAGAGCCCAUGACACCACACCUAUGAUCAUCCACUGCAGUGCUGGAGUUGGACGAACUGGGGUUUUUAUCGCAUUGGACCACUUAACCCAACAUAUAAAUGACCAUGAUUUUGUGGAUAUAUAUGGUCUUGUUGCUGAACUGAGAAGUGAAAGAAUGUGCAUGGUACAGAAUCUGGCCCAGUAUAUUUUUUUGCACCAGUGCAUUUUGGAUCUGUUGUCGAGCAAAGGAAGCAACCAGUCCAUCUGUUUUGUAAAUUACUCUGCACUUCAGAAGAUGGAUUCACUGGACGCGAUGGAGGGUGACGUUGAGCUCGAAUGGGAAGAAACCACUAUGUAAAUUUUCAGGAAGAGAAAACAUCUGGAGUUUUAUGGGCCAAAAUGACUUCCCAGUUAAUCUGAAUAAGUAUUCACCAACUUAAAAAGAAGCAAAUGUAUCCUCUCUUAAUGUGCCUUGGUAAAUGGAAUAUCCAUUAAUGAGACUGUUCAGAUAAGAAACUUCUUGCAGGGUUAAGGAAUUUUGCACAUAGUCUAGGAUGUUUCGCCCAGCUUCUACGAUAUAUAUUUAGGAGAUUGGGUUCUCUGAAAAAAAAGUGGGGUUUUUUGCAGUUGUCUUCUAAAAUCUUAAAAACAAGCCAAAUAAAUCAAGUCAUCUUAACACGAAUUAUUCAGUGUGAAUUUGUCCUAUUCUUUGGGCUUGGUUUUAAAGUUAAAAUGAUCAACAUCAUCCAGUAGAGAUAUUUCGACUGCCAGGUUGUUGACAUUUCUGGUGAAUUCCUUCCAGUACUGCCUAAUGAUCUUUCCUUAAAUGUAUGUUCUUAGGUUUUGAAUCUUCUAUUUUAUGAGUACUGAGAUAUAUCUCCUGAUCCUGAACAGCUGAGCUGUUACCCCCUGACACUUCAGGGAUUAUUCCGCUUUUACACAACACACAGUAGCUCUUUAGGGACACUUUGGGCUAUUUAAACUGCUUUGUGAUCACCCGUUGGAAAAAAAAAAGUGUUUGCAGUUGCACAUUGUGAGUGACAAAGGAGGAUCUCUCCUUCCUAUGAACUUUUAUCACUUUUCAGCUUUAACCAUUAGUUGCUUCCUUGUAUAUUUCAUGUAUAAAGUGCAUUUAUUGGAGUGCUAUACAUUGUGUUUAGGGUUUAUUCUUAAUAUUUUUGAAGAAUUUCUGCAGAAAUAUACAGAAGGAAUAAUAAACUGUAUUGUGUGGUAUAUAUUUGUACACUAAUAAUCUUGAUUUAAUCAUCUAAUGUGCUCAGGUAGUGCCAAAGAGAUUAUGAGAAAAGUUUGAAUGAAAUCAUCUCUACUGGAUGCCUUAGUGUUAAUGCUCCAGGGUGUUAGGAGCAAAAGUGAGGAGCUUCACCUUUCAUGGCAAAACAUAGAUUUUAAAAUAUGAGAUGCAAAAGUAAUGGUCUUUUUUGCUCCAUUGCACCAGGUUCAGGCUUGCAUGGUAUUAUCAUGGAGCUGUUCUAUAUAGUCCUUAGUUUCUCCUAAGAAGCGGGGUUUUUUUGUGAAAACUAGUAACCUGAAUUUGUUGAACUGCAAAUAUAUUAAAGUUUGUUCAGUCAUUUUAAUGUGAGCUGCAUGCUACUGUAUUUUGAGUGGAAAUGUCAUUAAAAACUUUCCAUUAAAAAUUCCAUUUUAGAAAGAUGCUGUAAUAUACAUACAGGCAAAUUUUUCAUGACCAAUAAA